GAGUCGUUCCAGUUCACACUCCAGAUCAGUGGGGGCGGUAAUGCGCACUUGCAGUUUGUCAACCGCCAAGAAAAACCUACAAAGAAGGAGAAGAAACAGGAAGUAAACCAAAAAGCGCGCGGAAGCGGUAGUGCGGAAUCAGAUUGAAGCUUUGUUUUUUUUUCCCGUCUCUCUGCCGAAUAUUUCAGCAACAAUGUCUUCAGUUCCACAUCUGAGGGAGUUUAUCAGAGAGCGACUAACUGUUGCUGCUGAAGAAAUCUUCACAGAGGUUGAAAAAACCAUCCUCCGCUAUGAGGAAGACAUCAGACUGAUGGAAAUCUACUGGAAACCUCAGAUAAAACUCAACAGAAUCGAACAAAUGCAAUCCCAUAUUUCCAGUGAGAACAAAUCUUUGGACAUCCAACAGCUCUGCAACCAAGUGAGGAGGUCCAGCCAUGACCAAGAAGAAACAGAAUCUCAUCGUGCUCAAGAUCAGAGGGAAUCAGAUCAUAUUCCUUUUGAAGUAGAAAAUGAACAGGGACCUCCAUGGAUUAAAGAAGAAAAAGAGCCCCUAGAACCUUCUCUGAUCAAAGAAGAAAGCGAGGAACCAGAGUCUAAAUGUACUAAUGAGGAUACAAAGGAUCCAGGUUUGCUACUGAAAGAAGAAGUUGAUGAACCAAGGUCUCCAUUGAAUAAAGAAGAUGAGAAACCAUCAUCUGUAUUAAUUGAAGUAAAAGAAGAAGAUUCUGUCUUGUCUGUAAAAGAAAAAGGGCAACUAUGCGUUUUGGCUUUUAAAAAUAACCAGAAGGACCAAAGCAGUUGUCAGGAGGAAGAGCAGCCUGUCAAGGAGCAGUCCAUCAUUUUGACGGAGACCCUAACUUCAAAGGAAGUUAAAGUGAGUGAAAGAAAACCAAGAAAUGAAAAGCCUUAUAAUAUGCCUCAAACUGACAAAGAGAUAAGAUAUUUGAAAUGUGAAAUUUGUGGGAAAUACUUAAAGAGUGAAAGAACUCUGAAACGGCAUUAUAAAACCCAUACAGCUGAGAGGCCCUUUCAAUGUGAGACAUGUGGAAAAAGUUUCUCUCGAAGGGGUACCUUAACUAAGCACAUGAGAACCCACACAGGCGAGAAACCUUAUACUUGUAAGAUAUGUGGAAGAGGUUUUUCUCAGAUGGCCAUUUUAACUAUUCACUUGAGAACUCACACAGGUGAGAAACCCUUUUCAUGUAGGAUAUGUGGAAAAGGUUUCUCUAGAUCUGUUUAUUUAAAGGAACACAUGCAAACCCACACUGGUGAGAAACCAUUUUCCUGCGAGACAUGUGGAGAACGUUUCACUCGUAUGAAAAGUUUAAAUUGUCACAUCACAACCCACACAGGUGAGAAACCGUUUUCAUGUAAGACAUGUGGAAAAAGUUUCUCUCAGAUUAGUUAUUUACAGGUUCACAACAGAACCCACACAGAUGAGAAACCUUUUACUUGUAAGACAUGUGGAAAAAGUUUCUCUCAGAUUGGUUAUUUACAGGCUCACAACAAAACCCACACAGGUGAGAAACCUUUUACUUGUAAGACAUGUGGAAAAGGUUUUGCUAACAUGAGUUAUUUAACUGUUCACACCAGGGCCCAUACAGGUGAGAGACCUUAUUCAUGUAAGAUAUGUGGAAAAACUUACUCGUAUCGUAGUAAUUUUAAUAAUCACAAGAAAACCCACACAAGGGAGAUACCUUUGCAUGUCAAAAAUGUGGAAGAAGCUUAGUUAACAUUGGCAGAAAUAAUAUUGCCCAUGAUACAAAAACACAAAAAUGACAAGUACUUAUUAGAUUUCUCCUGCUGCCAUACACUUGUUGUGCAAAACGAUAUACUGCAGGUAAUGAAUAAAUGAUUAACUAGAACUGGAGAUGUAGUUAAUUAUUUAACUUAUUCAAAAUAGGAGGUGAAAUCAAUUUAAUGUUCUUAGUUGAAUAAUUGUAGCUUUAAUUUGCUUACUUACCAGGGUUUGUGCCUUUCUCCAAUGGAUGGUUCCUGGAUCGGCUGUUAAAAUCCCGGUAUUCCCACCAAUUUAUUGACCUAAGCUAGGUUAUCAGCAGAGCUAUUAAUUAUCAAUCAAAGAACUAUUUAUCACUGGCUUUUCAAACUAUUACCACAAGAAGGUGGAAAUGGCCUGAGUGAUACAUCAUUCGUGCGUAAAUUACAACGAACUGCAAGUUAAACAAUGAUGUCUUUAUUCUAAUAAUUCAGGAUUACAGAAAUCUAACAUCUAUGUUCUCUGCACAUACAGAAAUACAAUUGCAAUCAUAUGAGUAACAAAAGCUUUUAAUGACAGAAUGAGCUUAUGCAGCAAGUCAAUAUUUGCAGUGUUGACCCCUCUUCGUCAGGACCUCUGCAGUUCUCCCUGGCCUGCUCUCAAUCAACUUCUGGACCAAAUCCUGACUGAUAGCAGUCCAUUCUUGCACAAUCAAUGCCUGCAUUUUGUCAGAAUUCCUAGGUCUUCGUUUGUCCACCCGUCUCUUGAUGAUUGACCACAAGUUUUCAAUUGGAUUAAGAUCAGGGGAGUUUCCAGGACUUGGACCCAAAAUCUCUCUGUUUUGUUCCCUGAGCCAGUUAGAUAUCACCUUUGCUUUAUGGCAAGGUGCUCCAUCAUGCUGGAAAAGGCAUUGUUCAUCACCAAACUGCUCUUGGACGUUUGGGUGAAGUUGCUCUAAGAGGACAUUCCAGUACCCCACACAUGAAUGGUUUCAGGAUGCUUUACAGUUGGCAUGAGACAAGACUGGUGGUAGCGCUCGCCUUUUGUUGUCUGAACAAGCUGUUUUCCAGAUGUCCCAAACAAUCGGAAAGGGGAUUGAUCAGAGAAAAUGACUUUAGCCCAGUCCUCAGCAGUGCACUCCCUGUACUUUUUGCAGAAUAUCAGUCUGUCCCUGAUGUUUUUCCUGGAGAGAAGUGGCUUCUUUGCUGCCCUCCUUGAGACCAGGCCUUGCUCCAAGAGUCUCAGCCUCACAGUGCUUGCAGAUGCACUCACACCUGCCUGCUGCCAUUCCUAAGCAAGCUCUGCACUGCUGGUAGCCCGAUCCUGCUGCUGAAACACUUUUAAGAGACGGUCCUGGCGCUUGCUGGUCUUUAUUGGGCGCCCUGGAGCCUUUUUGGCAACAAUGGAACCUCUCUCCUUGAAGUUCUUGAUGAUUCGAUAGAUUGUUGACUGAGGUGCAAUCUUUCUAGCUGCAAUUCUCUUUCCUGUUAGGCCAUUUUUGUCUAGUGCAAUGAUGACUGCAUGUGUUUCUUUAGAGAUAACCAUGGCUCACAGAAGAGAAACAAUGAUGCCAAGCACAGGCAUCUUUUUAAAGUGUCCACUGGUUUCAUUCUUACUUAAUCAUGACAGAUUGAUCUCCAGCCCUGUCCUCAUCACCACCCACACCUGUGUUAAUGGAGCAAUCACUGAAACGAUGUUAGCUGGUCCUUUUAAGGCAGGGCUGCAAUGACGUUGAAAUAUUUUUUGUGGGAUAACGUUCAUUUUCUAGGCAAAUAUUGACUUUGCAAUUCACGUGAAAUUUGGGCAUUUCCUCACAGGCGAUGAAACCCAGGGAAACGGACCGAUUUCCUUUCCACGCUUGGAUUUAAACCCUGAAUGACGUAGGGGUAUUUCUUGCUGGGAUUCCAGCCUUUUUGUCAGCUGAUUGGUCAAUGUGUGAGCUGGCUGUGUUAGGGCUGGAAUUUUCCAGAACUUUUAUUUGUUCUCUUUGUGAAAAGGGAGGGUGAGGGUUUGAUGUGGUUCAUCAAAUCGAUUUGGCUCCAUUGUGGCAAUAUAUCCCAACACACUAUAGCUCGGGAAGAAAUAUAAGUGUUAAUAUAUGACUGUGUACAGAUGCAUCAGAUCAAAUUUUCUAUAAAUAUUAAGUCUGCAAAUAAUUUCAAGUCUCUUUUUUUAUGCAAUGUUUGUAAAUUUGAGCCUUGAGAUAGACCAAUACAUUGGUCAGCCAAUAUUUGCAGCUGAUAUUUGUGUUCUUUUUUUAUUGUAUUGCCAGGCAAGUUCAUGCGUUGUCCAAUUCAUUAGUGCGUUCAUCAGCCAUGCCUCAGAUCAUGCAGAAUGCAUGCAUUGAAACUCCCUCCAUUGGUAUAAACUGUUAUUGUUGUGGCUGGAUGUUUUUUUUCCCUUUUUUCUUCUAAAUGUAUUAUAAUUGUUUUAUUUUUCUGAAACAUGUGAUCUUUGUCAGUUUUAUCAUGCAAGCAGAGGAACAAAGUGUAAAAAAUUAAAACUGAAAAUUAAAGCAAUAUCACAAAAAGUAUUGGUCGAUCUCUACUUGUGACCAGCUUUGUAGACUGAUAUAGUUUGAUCAUUUAUAAAUACAAUCGAUGUCAGAGGUAUCAAGUAACAAAGUACAAAUACUUCUGUAAUUUAAAAGUUUUGGCUAUCUAUACCUUAAGUAAUUAUUUUUUAAACAAGUUUUAACUUUUCUUUAGUUUUUUUUUUGUUUUUUGCAGAUAUCUUUACUUUCUACUCCUUUUUAAAAAUAGAAUUGUUGGUUUUGUUUUGUUUAAGUUGAUUGUCAUUAUGGCCUGAUGGUUUGAAAGAGAAAAUAAAAAACAUCUAUAUAAUUUGUUUUUCAUCCAGACAAUUUCAUUGUGAUAGCACCAACUUUUUCUUAGCUACGUACCAAAUAAAUAGAUUUUUUUUUCUUUUUAACUGUGUCCUGUCUGGCGAUGUGGCUUUAAAAAUAAUUGUCUAAAAAAUAAAUAGAUUUUCAAGAUGAUGCUGUUUAAUUUUACACGGUUCAACUAUACUUAGUCAUAAAACUAAGAAAAAUAUGUAAAAGGAAAUGAUCAUCCAGGAUUGUAGAAAAUAUUCCUUUAAUAUGGCUUUGCAGUAACCAGUAUAAGGUUUGACCUGUCCUUAACAUAUUUUCCUGCAUUUCUUUUACCAUUAGAUUUGAAGUAGUUUUUAAAAAAUUGUUCUUUUACAAUUUUUAGUGAAAAGCUUAAAUUGAUAAUAAACAGUAGGAUGAAUACUUCUAAUUGAGUAAUAAACAUGAAUACUUUUGACACCUCU